CGGCAGGGGGCGCAGGGCCGUGACGCGCGAAGGGCGAGGCGGGGGAUUCAAGCGCGUUAUAAGGCGCGGAACGGGAGCGCGGUCCCCGAGACGCCGCGCUCCGAGCCCAGAGGGAGUCGCCGCCCGCAUGGCCCCCGCCCGCCGCCCCGCCGGGGCCCGCCUGCUCCUCGUCUGUGCGGGCCUGCUGGCCGCCGCCGCGGGCUUCGUCUCCCCGGAGCCCGGAGAGCCCGCCGAGAGCCGCGCCCGCCGGGAGCCGCGGCCCGGGAACGAGCUGCCGGCGGAGAACCGCGCGGGGCCGCCCGCCCGCCCGCCGGAGCUCCCGGCCGAGGGGACACACGGCAUCGAGCCCAGGGAUGCCUGGAUGCUCUUCAUCAGGCAGAGUGAUAAAGGCGUCAAUGGCAAGAGGGGAGGCAGAGGCAAGGCCAAGAAGCUGAAGCUUGGCUUCCCAGGGCCCCCGGGGCCCCCUGGUCCCCAGGGCCCCCCUGGCCCCAUCAUCCCACCUGAAGUGCUGCUGAAGGAGUUCCAGCUGCUGCUGAAAGGUAGGGGUGCGCCCAUGUGGACACGCACCCUUGGUGUGAGUGGGGCCGGAGGAGGGUGUCCUGGAGGAGGUGGCUGGGCAUGCCCGUGUGGACCGGCCCUCGAGGAGGCCCCUGCUCUGUGGGACCGCCUGCGCCUGCUCAUCUGCAUCCAGUCCCGGUGCCAGCGCAACGCCUCCCUGGAGGCUGUCAUGGGCCUGGAGAGUAGCAGCGAGCUCUUCACCAUCUCCGUAAACGGUGUUCUGUACCUGCAGAUGGGGCAGUACGCCUCCGUCUUCCUGGACAACGCCAGCGGCUCCUCCCUCACCGUGCGCAGCGGCUCCCACUUCAGCGCGGUCCUCCUCGGCGUCUGAGCGGCCACGCCGGGCCCUUCCUUGUGCCCGGCAAACAGAAGCGGGUCCGAACAAUAUCCGGGCCGGGUGGCGCCAAGUGGCGGGGGGGCCAGGCGCCGGAGGAAGCCCUUGGAACCGCCCGUGUGGGUCCUGCCGCUCAGCCCAGAGACGGCCCAACGCCAGCGGCCCAGGGAGGUGACGUACACACUGGCACCAGGAGUGAUUUCAGGAGGGCGUCUUUCAAGAGGAGGAGAGCCCCAUCGGGCUGUUACUCGGCAAACGUUUCUAUGGGGCUCAGCGCCCAGAAGCACUUGCUUUGUCUUGGGGGAGUUGGGUCCCAAAUUCAUUGUGACACUGUAUCAGUGAUGGACUGGGGCGGAGAGGCCAGCGGUCGGCGGGGGGUGGUCCUGUGAGGGGACACAGGUGUUUCUUCCCAGGUGCCGCUGAGGAAGUUACAUGGCAGCCUGGGCCACGGUGGCUGCAGGGACCUGGUGCCACAGGGGGGCCGGGGGGGGGGGGCAGGCGGGCCCGACAAGGGUGUGUUCAGGCCCAGAGGGAAGUGGCUGCAGUCACCUUACCAUCUGGCAGGCUUCAGGACGGUGACCAGGUCUGACCGAUCUCCCAGAGCACACAGCUCGUGUCCCCUCUUGGAAUCCCAACACCUCCCUCCUGCAGGGGGGAUGGGGGGGGCCCGGGCACAGUACAUGCGAACCGGGCAUUCGGUGCCCUUGGCAGGCCUGGUGGAAUUCUCAGUAGGACUGGUACCCACCCUACCAGGAAGGGCCGGCUGCCGUGGGUCCUGCCUCCCCUGGCUGUUUGAUAAGGGCUGCUGCGGCCACACCCUUCUCUGGAUUUCCCUUUGCAUCCAGUGGGCAUAUUUUAGAGAAGCUUUUACCCUUGAAAAAACCACGGACCUCUUCCUUUUUCUCAACCUAAGUGUAUUACACACCAGUUUGUUGAAGUAUUUAUUGUAUGAUCUUGCCGGGUGGAACGUAUUUAUAUAAAUAACUGACUUCGUGAUGUGG